CUUCUUAGAGGGUGUCCCACUUGGAACAGAAUACUACCCGAAUCAAGAGCCGAGUGAACUAAGACGUGAAGGUAAAAUCAUAUUCAAAGAAAAUGAAGGGAGGAGAAGAAUGCUUCGAAACCCAUUUCCGUUUGAAGUGCGGUAGUUGCAAUGAGAGGUGUUCCAACGAAAUAGUGUUCUAAGUGGACCCAAUUGCCUCCUUGGCACCGUCUUUUUCCGACUUGGAUCGAAGCAAUACUUGCAGAACAAACCGUUGAGAAAAGGCCAACAAUGCUACUGACAGUUUUUCUAUUAAGCCUCUCGGUCACCUGGUGCUCCAGCCAAUUACCAAUUCGAACCACUCCACUCACUCAUUCGACCCGACCUUCUCCAAGGUUGGCACCGAAUCUGUCCUUGAAUGCAACCACAACGGAUGAUCUCACCCCAGCGAUGACUUUCUCGACUGGAGAGUCUGUUUACACCACGGAUAGUCAGACAUAUCAAAGGAUGACGGCUCAAAUGAACGCCAAUGGUAAUGAUGACAAUAGCCCACCAGUGAAAGGUUACAAUCGGUAUGGAUUGGCCUUGAGCCCGGUUCAAAGUGACCUCUUGGAUUUGGGCGUGAAAGUCGAUGGAGAGGCCGCUUAUAACAUUCAUCAGAUUCCAACUAUUGAUGCUCAGCUGAUUACACUAGAAACCACUUUACGAUUGUAUUGGAGAGAUCCUCGACUACAAGUGGAACAUCUGUUGGGCAACAAGUCAUCUGACUAUGUCCUUCUCCAUCCCGACACUUCCAAUUUUAUCUGGUUCCCAGACGUAUACAUAGAUUUUGCCAAGGCUCUUCGGAUCCCCACCUUGAUCAUCCGACCCGCUUCCUUGAGGAUCUAUCGAAACAGUACCUGUCGAUAUGCAACACAGAUCAACUAUGACGUGGCUUGUCCUAUGAACUUCGAGAAAUAUCCUUAUGACACGCAAGUGUGCAAAGUCAAGUAUGAAAGCUAUGGGCACACGAUCGAGAAGAUGCGAGUGGUCUGGAAAAAAGGCUUCGAUCAAUCCAAGGUGACCGAGAACAACUACAUCAGCUUGGCUCAAUUCGAAUAUGCGGUCUUCUUUGAAGAGAACUACGAAGAAGAAAUCGCCUCAGGAGUGUAUCCUGGCGUGAUCAUGACCGUGUUGCUUCGUCGAAAGAUCAGCUACCAUCUGCUCCAGACCUAUCUUCCGAGUGGUCUCUUUGUUAUUGUGGCCUGGCUGUCCCUGUUCCUUCCGCCGGAAUCCAUUCCAGGUCGAGUUACUAUGGCUAUGACAACCCUCCUCACUCUGGCCGCCAUGUUCGGGGCUGUAAGACAAAGCACCCCAAAAGUCAGCUACGUGUCUGCCUUGGAUAUUUGGAUGUGUACUUGCAUAAUAUUUGUCUUUUUCGCCCUCCUUGAAUACGUCGUCGUCUUAUGCCUCUUGAACAAAUGUCAAAUUGGAGGCCUCAACCACCGAGAAACCAAUGGGCGGUUUUCUCGCCGAGGCUCGAUCAACAGUUGUCGCCAGGGCCGACAUCACCCGGCUCCCAUGGGAUCUGGGGCGUCCCCGGGUCAAACCACGCCCUCAGAUACCCAACCCCGUCAACGACAACAACGUCACUCUUGCAGUUCGAGUCUGCAGGAGAAUAAUGGGAUUCGAAUCGCUUUGGACGGAUCCGCGUCCUCGCCACGAAAUUUUGCUCAUGUGGGUACUGAUCCUCCAAGUAAACAGAUGAGGUAUCAAGAGACCAAGAAGAGACGGAACGUGUUCCUGUGUUGCUCCAAAAGAGCUCGCAAAUCUUCGUUGAGGCUCCAGAAAUAUGACAUUGAAAUCUCAACACACACGCAAAAUCGCCGCUCAAACUUCAGCGAAGGCUCGUUGUCCGCCAACUGUUGCGGUGGAUCCCAUCGAAAGAUGAUCCAACGCGUCGAGAAAUUCUGCUCUUGCUUCAUGGCGCUCAGCUUCUUCCUCUUCAA